AGAGCCGGAUGUGGGAUUGGUGGCCGGGCCAGCGCCGGGCCCCAUAUCCCCGUGGCAGGGCGGGGCUGUCCCGGGUUUAGGGGCAGUUUGGCCUCCGGCGUUCUCGCUGGCCGCCUGCGCGCGCGCGCGGAGCCGCCCGCCCGGGCCCCGUGUCAUUGGCGAAGGAGACGAUGUCUCACUGCAGCGGCGCUUCCCGCCUCCUGGGCCGCCUCCUGCUCUUGCAGCAGAAUGGAGUACGUCACUGUUCCUAUUCAGCCACACGGAAAAAUCUUUAUAUCAAUAAAAAUACAAAGGUUAUCUGUCAGGGUUUUACUGGCAAACAGGGCACCUUUCAUAGCCAACAGGCAUUGGAAUAUGGCACCAAACUAGUAGGUGGAAUUUCCCCAGGGAAGGGGGGCAAAACUCAUCUGGGCCUGCCAGUCUUUAACACCGUGAAAGAGGCUAAAGAACAAACAGGUGCCACUGCCUCCGUUAUAUAUGUGCCUCCUCCAUUUGCUGCUGCUGCAAUUAACGAAGCUGUUGAUGCAGAAAUCCCCUUAGUUGUGUGCAUUACAGAAGGUAUUCCACAGCAGGAUAUGGUUCGGGUUAAACAUAAACUGAUCCGUCAGGAUAAGACUCGACUAGUGGGCCCAAAUUGCCCUGGAGUCAUCAAUCCUGGAGAAUGCAAAAUUGGUAUCAUGCCAGGCCACAUUCACAAGAAAGGAAGAAUUGGUAUUGUGUCAAGGUCUGGCACCCUGACGUAUGAAGCUGUACAUCAGACGACGCAAGUUGGAUUAGGACAGUCCUUCUGUGUUGGGAUUGGAGGAGAUCCCUUCAAUGGAACUAAUUUUAUUGACUGUCUUGAUGUCUUCCUGAAGGAUCCCCAAACAGAGGGGAUAAUAUUGAUUGGUGAGAUUGGAGGCAAUGCUGAAGAAGAUGCAGCAGCGUUCUUGAAGGAAAAUAAUUCCAGUCCAAAUGCCAAGCCUGUAGUGUCAUUCAUAGCUGGUCUGACUGCUCCUCCUGGCAGAAGAAUGGGUCAUGCUGGGGCAAUCAUUGCUGGGGGAAAAGGUGGCGCUAAAGAGAAAAUUGCUGCUCUUCAAAAUGCUGGCGUUGUUGUCAGUAUGUCUCCUGCUCAGCUGGGUAGCACUAUACACAAGGAGUUUGAGAAGAGGAAACUGCUGUAAAACCCCUGGAACAUUGUCACAGAAAAGUCAAGACCGCACCUUGCCUCUAUAUAUCUGUCGUCCACUAAUCUUCAGCUGCCUGAAUGUGACUGAUACUUGGUUUCAAUUUGACUUUAAAGCCAUAAACAUUAUUUCAAUGUCUCCUGCUCAGAAAUGGUCGCCUGAUUGUACAUCAUAGCAAAUUAAUAAAUCUACCACUAAAUUUGAUUUUUGAAUUCCUGAAGCUCAGUGAUUUUUUUUUUUUUCUCAUUGCAAGACAGCAUUUUUUACUUUUAGGAGGAGGAAAAAAAAAAAACCAGCACAACCCUAUCUGGAAGCAUUUGAGCGCAUUUUUAUAGCUUGAGAUUUACAUACUCAUUGCACUCUGAGUUAACGUAGCUUGUACAAAGAUGCAUUGAGUGAGGUAAGUUACCCACUUGGCAAGCGCACACAUUUUAAAAACCAAGCAGUCUUACUUGCUCAUUACUGACUAGUAAAUAGUUUAUCUGAGCUUUAGGCAAAAGUUGAUGCCAUCCCCUGAAUUACUGCUCUUGGAUCCACAGGGUGUGUCCUGCUGAUCCUUGCAGCUGGAUAUGUUGAUAUACGUCCAAUUGUAUUGUUCAGAGCUGCUGAACUAUACAGAGUGUAGCCCCACAUUAGUGAGGGGCUUGUUAUUUUGUGUAACUUCUGGGGAAGGCUUCAGAGUGUUUGUCUUCCUUUUAAUGACAAGGAUUACACUUGUCCAGAGUGGAGCCAGUGCCCCAUAAACGCUUUAAUUGCUAUUUCAGAGUUCUAUUUAUGUUCACAAGAGUUUAAAUCAUAGUUUCCCAUGAAAAUGCAUAUUCAUACUGUGUGUAACUUGGAAAUCAAAUUCUUUCUGCUUAUAUUACUUUAACUUUUCGUCUUUUAACCUUAGACAGAUGGUCCUUUGCUUUGAAUGUUUUGAAAUACUGAUAAUGUUAGGACUUGCUGCAGUAAAAAAAAAAAAAUUCUGAAAACAAACUUGCCGGGGUAUAUUUCUUGUGAACGAUUCACCAGUGCUACAUGCGAAGGUCCUAUCUUACUAUAGGAAUAGAGCAAAUUGAGUGUCUGUAAAUGAGUAUUACAAGUCAUAAUCAGAACUGACUGCAUUUAGGAUGGCUUUCAUUAUAAACAAAUAAAAUCAGCUAGGGAAACCAAAAUUAGCUUCUUAUGUAACAUUUCUUGAAGGAAAAAUGCUAUGUCAUAACAAUUCUCUUCCAAAACCUCAUGUCCUUAUUACUUAAAGCGGUAGUUGUGGUUUUCAGCAGCACACUCUGCAGUUUGUCUUGCUGCUCCAUGGUCAGUGGUGAACAGGUUUUUUAAUGCCACUGUUUCAGGUCUAGGAAACAUCAGUCCUGAAGCACUGGAAACAUACUCUGCCAAUAUCGCCCUGGUAUUUACAAAGUGGGCUGUUAAUUAGGUACAAGUGCAAUAUCCAUCUCAGAUUAGUUUACAAAAGUAACUUGUCCUAAGACUGUCACUGGAUGGUUGAAGGUGGUAUGAGUCGGAUAAAUAGCACGUUUGCACAAGACUUUCAGAAAGACUUUGAGGUUUCUCAAGGCUCUUAAGCAAAGUAGGCAGUCAUGGGAUAAGAGGGAAAGUCCUCUUAUGGAUCAGUCACUGGUUAGAAGACGAAACAAAGGGUAGGAAUAAAUGGUCAGUUUGCACAGUGGAGAGAGGUAAAUAGCUGUGGGACCGGUGCUGUUCAACAUAUUCAUAAAUAAUCUGGAAAAAAGAGUAAACAGUGAGGUGGCAUAGUUUAGACAAUACAAAAUUACUCAAUCGUCAAGUCCAAAGCAGACUGUGAAGAGUUACUGGGUGACUGGGCAGCAAAAUGGCAGAUGAAUUUAAAGAUUGAUAAAUCCAAAGUAAUUUACAUUGGAAUACACAAUCCCGACUAUCCAUAUAAAAUGAUGGGAUCUAAAUUGACUGACUGUUACCACUCAAAGAUCUCAGAGUCAUGGUGGAUAGUUCUCUGAAACCAUGUGUUCCAGGUGCAGCGGCAGACAAAAAUUAACAAUAUUAGUAACCAUUAGGAAAGAGAGAUAAGACAGACAGUAUCAUAAUGCCACUCUCUAAGUCCAUGAAAUGACCACACCUUCAAUACCACAUGCAGUUCUGGUCUCCCCCAUCUCAACAACACCAAAAAAAAAAAGGGGGGGGGAGGGAAGAAGUACAGAGAAGGGCAACAAAAAUGAGGAGAGAUAAAAAGACUGGGUCUGUUCAGCUUAAGAAAGAGAUGAGUAAGGCGGAUAUAAUAGAAGUCUAUAAAAUCUUGAAUAGUGUAAAGAAAGUGAAUAAGGAAGUGUUAUUUACCCCAUCAUGUAACACAAGAACCAGGGAUCACCCAAUGAAAAUAGCAGGUAUAAUAACCAAUGUAAUAAAGUUCUUCUUCACACAACAAACAGUUAACCCGUGGAGCUUGUUGCCAUGAGAUGUGAAAGUCCAAGGUAUAGCUAGGUUUAAAAAAAGAACUGGAUAAUUUCACAGAGGAUCUGUUCAUCAAUGGCUCUUAGCUAAGAUAGUCAGGGACACAACCCCAUGCUCUGGGUGUUCCUAAACCUCUGUCUGCCAGCAGCUGGGACUGAACAACAGACAAAUUGUCCUGUUCGGUUCAUUCCCUCUGACACAGCUGGCACUGGCCACGUCAGAAGACAGGAUACUAGGCUAGAUGGACAAUUGAACUGAUCCAGUAGGGCUGUUCUUAUGUUAGACUUUAGAAUAUUAAUUUCUUAAUUAUUCUUGCUAAUAUGCUGAGUUUGCAACCUAUGCAUGGUUUAAUCUGGAACAUUUGCUGAAUAGGAGAGAAAUUACAGCUAUAAAGUUUCAUUUGAGAAUGUAGGCCUGCCCCUUAACCCAUAAGCUGAGAUGGCUUUGAGACCACUGUACCAGUGACCCCCUAUUAAUAGUUGAGUUGCCUUCAGUGGUGUGCUGGUGCUUCCCGAGGGGCAAUUCUCAGCAGGCAACUACUGCCCAUCUUGCAUGAACUUCCACGCCAUUAGAAAUAUGACAUGCAACGUCCCAGCCCACCUUCGAUGUAAUAAGCUGUCUAUUGGAGACUGAUUCACUAAAGCCUUUUCAGGGGCACAGGCUCCCAUAAAACUAAUGGCAGUUAUCCCGUGACGGAAUGCCACCUCUACUUCUGAAAAGUGGUGUUUUGUUUUUAGAUUGCAUGUGAUCCUGCUUUAACCAUUACAGCACUUCACCACCUGAUACUCACUAGCCAGCCAGGGCCGACUCCAGGCACCAGCUAAAGAAGCAGGUUCUUGGAGCAGCAGUGCAUCCACUAUUGGGGUGGCACGGCCGGGUCUUCAGCAGGAGUUCGGCAGCGGGGCCCCUAGUCCCUCUCUUCCUCUUUGAGCUGCCGCCGAAGAGGAAGAGAGGGAGUGAAGGACCUGCCGCCGAAGAAUGGCGCGGCACCCUUGAGCUGCUGCCGAAGUGCUGCCAAUUGGCUUUUUUUAUUAUUAUUAUUUUAUUUUAUUUUUGUCGCUUGGGGUGGAUGAAAACCUGGAGCUGGCCCUGCAGCCAGCUAGCUGUUCUCCUAAAUAGGACAGCCUCUGCUAGCCCAGAACUCUGCAACACUUACAGACGUGGGUGAAGUGUAUCCUUACCUUGAUAUAGAGCUUAAUUUGUGCAACUGCCUCUGAAGUGAGAGUAUAACUCUGUUAACAAAUGUAAGUUGUCAGCUCCUGCUGCUGUUACAUUGCCUAUGAAAAUGUAUUUCUUUUUAAAUUGCUUCAAGACCGUGGUGUGUUAAUGUUUCAUGUGCUUGUGAAUAAAUACUUUAAAAGGCU